CAACAGGCAAACAUCGCGCGAACCCCCAUUCCCUAAUUGGGAUUCAUAUACCAAAUUCAAGCUCAAUUACCCCUCAAACUCCUUAAUCCCCACGAGAUACGAGUCAGAGAACAUCAAACUCCGCCAUCAUGUCGCAAAUCAACUACCGCACCAUCAACAUUGACCAGCUCGACCCGGAGUCGUCGGCCAACUUCCCCAUGGAAACCCUCCUGCCCCCUACCCUCCCUCAACCGGAAACCUCUAGUGACGCCGCAAACGUCGCAACCCAGGUGCGCCAGCUGCUGCGCGGCGGUGACACCGAGGGUGCGCUCCGCCACGUUCUGGACACUGCGCCGCUGGGCGGUGAUGACCGCGCUAAGGAGGUGCACAUGGCGACUGUUAUUGAGGUGCUGCAGGGUAUUCGGCAGGCAGAGAUGACUCGCGUUCUGGAGGGAGUUUGUGCCUCGAACGGCGGUGCUGAGCGGGCGGAUUGUUUGAUGAAGUACCUAUACAAGGGCAUGUCCUCUUCUGGUCCCAGCGGUGGGUCUAAGAACGUUUCGCCGCAGGCUACAGGCUUCUCGCAGAUCCAGGCUCGGAACGUUGGUGAGGGUGGCGGUGGUCAGCAGAUGAGCGUGCUGCUCAAUUGGCAUGAGAAGUUGGUGGAGUUGACAGGGACUGGAUCAAUUGUUCGGGUCAUGACAGACCGCCGGACGGUUUAAGUGAAAGCAAUCGUGUUUCAUUUGCUGUUUUUAUGGUAGAGGCCGGCAUUUCAUACAAGUUUCUUUUCUUUGUC